GCAUCUCCCCCCGCGCUGCGGGCGAGCGGGCAGCGCUCGCUGGUGGCUCCCGACCCGCGCCCCCGGGUGCGCCCCGUGCCCUGGGGGACCCGGCGGCUGCUGCGCUCCGGCAGCGGGGUGCGGCCGCCCCUCCCGCCCCGCCGCGUCCUCGCCGUGCCCGCGGAGCACCUCGGCAUCCCGCAGCAUGUCGGCCGUGCGCAGGAAGUUCGGGGACGAGUACCAGGCCGUGGGCCCCGCUCGCAGCAGCGCCCGCAGGGAGCGGCAGCGCUUCGUGGACAAGAACGGGCGCUGCAACGUGCAGCACGGGAACCUGGGCGGCGAGAGCAGCCGCUACCUCUCCGACCUCUUCACCACGCUGGUGGACCUCAAGUGGCGCUGGAACCUGCUCAUUUUCCUGCUGACCUACACGGUCGCCUGGCUGGUCAUGGCCUCGAUGUGGUGGGGCAUCGCCUACCUGCGAGGUGACCUGCACCAGGCGCACGAUGACACCUACAGCCCGUGCGUGGCCAACGUGUACAACUUCCCCUCCGCCUUCCUCUUCUUCAUAGAGACCGAGGCCACCAUCGGCUACGGGCACCGCUACAUCACCGAGCGCUGCCCUGAGGGCAUCGUGCUUUUCCUCUUCCAGUCGCUGCUGGGCUCCGUUGUCGAUGCGUUCCUCAUCGGCUGCAUGUUCAUCAAGAUGUCCCAGCCCAAGAAGCGAGCCGAGACGCUCAUGUUCAGCCGCGCCGCGGUCAUCUCGCAGCGGGAUGGCAGGCUCUGCCUCAUGUUUCGCGUCGGCAACCUCCGCAACAGCCACAUGGUGUCUGCCCAGAUCCGCUGCAAGCUUAUCAAGUCCAGACAGACACCGGAGGGGGAAUUUCUGCCGCUAGACCAGUGUGAACUGGAUGUUGGAUUUGGAACUGGAGCCGACCAGCUGUUUUUAGUUUCCCCUUUAACCAUCUGUCAUGAAAUUAACUCAGAGAGCCCCUUCUUUUGUCUCUCACAAAGAUCACUGCGAAGCGAGCAGUUUGAAAUAGUUGUCAUCCUGGAAGGAAUCGUUGAGACCACGGGAAUGACGUGCCAAGCCAGGACCUCAUACACAGAGGAUGAAGUUCUUUGGGGUCACAGGUUCCUCCCGGUGAUGUCUCUAGAAAAUGGGUUUUUCCGCGUCGAUUAUUCUCAGUUUCAUGCUACGUUUGAAGUCCCCACUCCUCCUUACAGUGUUAAAGAGCAAGAAGAAAAGCUGUCCCUGUCAUCUCCUUUGAAUAGCCCCGUAGAUAAUAACAAAGCCAGAGGAGAACAGGUUUGUCCACUUGAUUGCGUCGAUAUUGCGGGAGAGAAGGACAAACUCCCUUUCAAACUUCAGAAGAUCAGCUCAGGAAAGGAAAGCCUUCCACAAAGAGCCCUGAGAAUGAGUUCCAGUAACACAGGGAAGACUUUCAGUACCGGAGAUCUCUUGAAAAUUCAAGAAAUAAGUCCCAGCUCUGCUGGUGAAGGCAGUGAUGACAGGAUGCAGUUGAAAGCCUUAAAAAUAAGUGCUGAGGCUUUGACUCGGUCUACCAGCGAUCUCGAGUUACAGAGGAGCUCUCCAAGCGUGGGUGCUCUGGAGAUGAAGUUGGAAGAUAAUUUACCUGCCAAACUUUGAGCAAUGAACUCUGAUUGCCUCUCUUGAGAGCUGGAGAAACAGGAGUUGUCGCUGAUGAACUGGGUUCGAGACUGCUGACCUGAAAGACUUGUUUGACAGUAAAGUCACGGUUUGGUUUUGCCACUUUCAGGAAGAAUGAUCCUUUUUACAUAAUCGUUCUGUACAGAUCCAAUUGAGGUAGCAUAACAGGACUCUGAGGGGCAGUAAGAUUAAACUGUCGUGCCAAAGAGAUCCCUGCCCUAAUGAUGUCUUAUCAGCAUGCUCACUGCAAACCUACAUUGUCUUCCAUGGAUGCAGAUGCUUUUCCACGAAGCAAGGAUCAGAUCCUUAGUCACAGAGUGAAAUGUUGGGAGAUGAAGCCACAGGGGGUGUAACGCCAGCUGAAACGUGGUUUUGUGCAGCUCAGAGCUUGGACUGUUCCUGAAGUGUAAAAACAACAGAACACAGAAAAAAUCUGUGAUGCUGCUUGAUCAUAGUCCAGUUCUCUCUUAACUGACCCCAUUGGAAAGUGGCCUUCCCGUGAUUCCUGGAGACUGCAUCCCUCCUUCCCAACGAUCGUGGCCCACUCGUUCUGUGCUCCCGUUGUCUCACUCAGUGUCAUUCAGGCAAAGGCAGAGGCAGCAGUUUGCAAUAACCAUUUGGGUCAUUUGACUCCCGUGAACUCUCAGAAACAUGUUCAGAACUGGACCUGAGCGUUUCGGUUCGGUGGAUCACGUACUGAAUUUUAACAACCAUAGCGCCACUCACUGUGAAGGGAACUUGAGGUCAGUAGCUCUGCUUAAUGGUGUGUCUCAGACUUCCAACUAAAUGAGAUUUUGGGUUGAAGACAUUGUAAUCAAACAGAAACAAAAUGCUACAUAAUGCUCAGUCGUUACACAUUCUCAAGAGUUUUGCUAGUGAAUGGUAGUGUCGUGUUGCUAAUUUUUGUUACAUUUGCCCUCUCCAUUUCUGUAUGAUCCUCAAUGAUUUUGUAGAUUUGACAUUUGUUACUAUUCAGCUCAGCCUGUGAAAAAAGUGUGGGGUUUUUUUCCUGGUUGGUAAUGGUUAAGCAUAAUCCAGACUUGCUGUUCUGUAAACUGCAGUGUUCAGCAGCGGGGUGUUUAUCACCAGAGCACUAGCACAGCCCUCUCCAAGAGAAGGAACAAACUCUACUCUUGUUACAAGGACAGAAUUCAGUCAAAUUUAAAAGAGGUGGCAGUGGCCAUUUUGAUUGGCAAUGCAUUCCUCGAAGGCAAAGUGAUAUAUCCAAGCUGGCAAUGACUUGGCUUGCAUAACUUGCUGUUUCUUGCUUUGAUCUGUUCUGUGAAACUGGAAAAUGGUAUUUUAUGCAGGGGUUAAGAUUUGCUUCUUGUUGUUGUUGUUGUUGUUUGUUUGUUUUCAACGUGAAUUUCAACAUUAUAUAUGUGCUGAAAUCUGUAUUUUCAUUCAUUAACUGUAUUUGUAUGGAAUAUUUAGAUGACAACCCGAAGUCCUGAAUGAUGAUGAAUCUCCCUACUCUUCAGAACAGCCAGAGUUAGUAUGAAAUAAAAUUACAUCCACCUUGGCUCUCAAGCA